GCGUGCGUCGCAAGCCUCUUUCCGGAGGAAAGUUCUGCCCUCUUUUCGCUCAAUCUGCUUUGCUAUUGGCUGGCUGUGGCGUAUUUAAUAACGUCAUUUCCGGCCGCCGGUCCUUUCCGCGCUGCCCUGGGACGGGUCCAUACGGCGUUGUUCUUGGUUCCCGACGUAACUUAAAGGGAAACUUACACAAUGUCCGGAGCCCUUGAUGUCCUGCAGAUGAAGGAGGAGGAUGUCCUCAAAUUCCUCGCUGCAGGCACCCACUUAGGUGGCACCAACCUCGACUUUCAGAUGGAGCAGUACAUCUACAAAAGGAAAAGUGAUGGCAUCUACAUCAUCAAUCUGAAGAGGACCUGGGAGAAGCUGCUGCUUGCAGCUCGGGCUAUUGUUGCCAUCGAGAACCCUGCUGAUGUCAGCGUCAUCUCCUCCAGGAACACUGGGCAGCGAGCCGUGCUGAAGUUUGCUGCCGCCACUGGAGCCACUCCGAUUGCUGGCCGUUUCACCCCAGGGACCUUCACUAACCAGAUCCAGGCAGCCUUCAGGGAGCCAAGGCUUCUAGUGGUGACCGAUCCCAGGGCUGACCACCAGCCCCUCACAGAGGCGUCUUACGUGAACCUGCCCACCAUUGCCCUGUGUAACACAGACUCACCUCUGCGCUAUGUGGACAUCGCCAUCCCGUGCAACAACAAGGGAGCUCACUCAGUGGGCCUGAUGUGGUGGAUGCUGGCCCGGGAAGUACUCCGCAUGCGUGGCACUAUCUCCCGUGAGCACCCAUGGGAGGUUAUGCCUGAUCUUUACUUCUACAGAGACCCAGAGGAGAUUGAGAAGGAAGAACAGGCUGCUGCUGAGAAGGCCGUGACCAAGGAGGAGUUUCAGGGCGAAUGGACUGCACCAGCUCCUGAGUUCACUGCUGCUCAGCCAGAGGUGGCUGACUGGUCUGAGGGGGUGCAGGUGCCCUCGGUGCCCAUCCAGCAGUUCCCUACUGAAGACUGGAGUGCCCAGCCAACCACUGAGGAUUGGUCAGCAGCUCCCACAGCGCAGGCCACCGAGUGGGUUGGAGCCACCACUGAGUGGUCCUGAGCUCCUCUGCAGACACCUGAGCAAAGGGAAAAAAGGUGGAAGGAAAAUAAAGUCCCUACAAACUGU